ACUCCCCCUAUGCCUACCAGUGAUACUGAGAUGCUGCUCGACUCUUUCAAGAUCUUCAAGGUGGUCAAGAGCCUCUUCGUUUUAUGUGGGCUGUGCAGCCAUGCAGCCUCGCAUACCAUGCGUGUCCGGCUACCGACCUGCAAGUGCCCUACGUGUGCGGCGGUGGUGCCCUUUACCCUGUGUCCAUGUCGCGGUAAGAUGCUUGCCUACCAGCACAUCAACCGCCUGCCCGUAGAGGAAGCUGGCAUGCAGGUCUCGUCGGAGCCAUCACCUCCGCGCCCUCGCCUCUACUAC